ACAACGACAAUGUAACGAUAUUGAAUUGUCAUUAUGUCGAAUUCUAUUACAUGUUGCGGCAUUCGCUGUCGAUCUUCCGUCGUGCGCUUUCGCGACGACAUGUGACAAAUGAGAAAGAUAGAAAGAGAGGGGAAUUCCAGUUUUCUCGUGACCGGUGUACCGUUGCUUUCCACGCUCAACUGACACGGCCGCGGCUUUUCGACCGCGAUACUCCGUACGGCCUUUCGAGAGCAGCAUGCCAGUCGACACUCGCGAUCGCAAGGCGUACACCGUGGAGCUUACCGCGCGCUCUCUUCCACUCCGGCUUGAUUCCAGUUCUAGCGGUUCUUUUCUGCGAGUGCUAACGGGAGUUCUCGAGUCGCUUUUCCUACUGGAAACUUCCCUCGCUUGGGCGAUAUAUGAUUUUCAGCCCUGUCCCCUCGUUUGCCGAAAUAACGUUAGCGUGCACAGUGUCACUCGGAUUUCUGUGCUAUAAAUACCGAUGAUAGCUAUGAUGUUUAUUCGUGAUAAUGAAAACGUGACGUGCGCGGCACAGAAUACAUUUCCCCGUAAUUGUGGCGUCGGAAGGUAAAAUUCAUAUUAAGACUACAUCGAAAUUAUUAUCUCCGUCGUCGUUUCAUCUUCGAUGUAUUCGGUAUAAGAAAAAUUUGGUGUUCGCAAAGCUCAUUUUGCAUUCUGAGUGCGUAAUUGCCAAUAUUGCGACCUAUCCUUCAUGACUGUUUACCUUUAUGAACAUGGGAACCCGUCGGCGUGUUGAUACCGGCACCUCUCCGGACAGAGCAGCGCAAGGAUCAAGCCUGAUGUCCGUAUGGUCAACCAGCACCGGGCGCAAUUCAUUGUUUGGCGCGGAGAGCGGCGGAGCGGUGCUCCCCACUUCGCAUUUACCGAUUCACGAACACCUGCGCAACGCUGACGGCCACUGCUUUCACAAGCCGUUCCACGAUCACUGUCAGAUCCAAAUCGUCGGACCUGGAUAUGAAAAUACAGAUCGCACGAAACGUCGAUAUAAUAUAAUACUUCGAAGACAUUCAUUUUGCACAUCUGCACCAAUUGGUUUUUUGUCCUACUACUGCGGGACUUUUGGCAAGUUCUUCCGUUGGCACCGACGUUGCCAUCGAUCUCCGUCAACGAUGUCGCAAGCGGGAGAUGGCCUUCACACACCGGGCUACUUGUCCUGGAGAAAACUGCAGCUGAGCCGUGCGAAGCUCAAGGCUUCCAGUAAAACGUCAGCCUUACUCUCCGGUUUCGCUAUGGUCGCCAUGGUGGAGGUACAACUGGAUACCAAAACAAAAGUUCCACAAGAAAUGCUGAUCGCUUUCGCCGUGUGCACGACCUUGCUCGUAGCCGUGCACAUGCUGGCGCUGAUGAUAUCCACUUGUAUAUUGCCGAACAUCGAAGCCGUCUGCAAUUUGCACAGCAUAAGCCUCGUGCACGAAUCGCCACACGAGCGUCUACAUUGGUACAUUGAGAUCGCGUGGGCCUUCUCCACGUUGCUGGGUCUUCUUCUGUUCUUAUUGGAGAUCGCGAUACUCUGCUGGGUGAAGUUCUAUGACUUUUCAAAGGUCGCCGCUUGGUCGGCUUGCGUAGUACUGAUACCGGUGCUGAUAAUUUUCCUCGCGUUCGCGAUACAUUUCUAUCGGAGUUUAGUCGCACAUAAGUAUGAGGUCACGGUGUCCGGCAUACGGGAACUCGAAUUACUCAAAGAGCAGAUCGAGUCUACGGACGUGGAGGGCAGGAACGGCGUGAACAUCUCGCCGACCCCGGUAACGCAUAUCGUUUGAACCGGUCCUCGCAGUUUUUCCUGCCGCCGGGAUUGGAUUCGCGAAUCGAGCGCGACAAGAAGAAUUCUCGCUCUCCCCGCGGAAUGCGGCGAAAGAGAGAGAGAGAGAGAGAGACAGAGAGAUCUUUUUAUUGUGACAACGCGAGCUGUCGGCGACGUUUCUCUAAAGAUUCUGCCAGGAAGUCUUUUGAGCGUAAGAAAACGACAGCUCAGGUAGCAGGUUUGAGACUAUUUGGUUGUCAUUUUAACAAUAACUAAAUGGUCUCAAACCUGCACCCAGGGAGAUGAUCGGCUCUUUUGCACACGUCGAUGGAUACGCUACAGAUGUUACGAAGAUUCGGUCAAUAGAUAGAAAUCUUCCUCUUCUUUUUUUAUACGCGUGUUCUCUGUGAUGUAAAAUAGUAUAGUAUAAGUGCGAUGAGACUCUGCUCUUCUGCACGAUGCGCGCGAUACGGAAGCAUCGUGUCGACUUUAGGAAGAAAAUAAAGUUCGAUAACGUCAUUGUAUAUGUAGAUACAAAACACACAUUCCUUCAUUCGCGUUGCGACUUAAAACAUAGGAAGAAUAUUUUAUAAAGAUAUUAUGAGACCUCCCUCUCGCGUGUCAUCAUGUGCACCUCAAAAAGCAAUAGUAUAACAACAUGAAUAAUUAAGAGGUGCUGCGACUGGUCAUGUACUUAUCUUUUGAAAAAACGUGCUUAUUAAAAAAAAAUGCGACUUUUAUACUUCUUAAAUGUGACGAUAUAUCAUGUAUCGACAAUAAGUGCAAUACACAUUUUGCCAUAUAAAUUUGUCAUCGCCAACACACAAAAGUCGAUAUCUUUCUUAAAUAGACAUUUGCGAUAACAACAAUUUCCCUUAUCGUUCUUCAACGCGCAAGUACAUUACUCUCAAGUACUUCCGUAAAAAUUAUAAAUAAGAAACGAAAUAUAUCAGGAGCCGCGUUUCAAACAUAUAUCGCAUCGCGUGAAAUAUUACAUUUCAACGAUCGUAGAUGAAACUUGGGAACGUAUAUGUCCGAUUAUAUUAUUUGUAUAUAUUGUUUGGCGCGUGAAAUGCGCUGGCGGGAGCGAUUGCCGAAAAUAAAAAGUCGUACGUACAAAAUUACAUGUACGCAUUAUAUUUUCUGUUGGCCGCGAGAACGCGAGAAAAGCCGAUAAAAUGUGAAACAUGUAUGUCUAAAUCGAUCUAAGAAGAGACGUAAACGAGACGCAUGACGCAAUAUGUUUAUAAGUGUAUCGUUAUUCGGCCAUUUAUCUUUGGAAUAUGUAAUAUCGGAUAUAAAGCUGGCUGCCGGUAGUCGACGUUUUCUAUCGUGCUGUGCACGCAGACGUCAUUCUCCCAACGACCCUCCUGCACUUGACGUCUGUCCAAGUGGUAGAAGACACCCUGACCUUCCUUCUUGCCAUUUGUAAACUGACCCUCGUAAAGAUUACCGUUUUCUAUGAGGAUUUUAAGAUAAAUAUUUAUAAAGCAAAUUUCUAAGAUAAGUGUAGGAAGCGCCUUGAAUGAGAGAUGGCGUGAUUCAUAAUUUUCACGAGCGUCAAACAAGAUGAAUAAACUGAAGCUAAGGAAGAUGUAUCAUUUGUUGUUCUAUGUAAUAUCUGCGUAAUUAAAAAGAAAUUGACGAACAC